AUGAUUCAACGGCCGUCAUAUUUAGUAGCAGCACCUGUACCUGUCAGGUUAUAUGCCUCCUUGACCAGUGACAAUGUAUACACAAAGUGUAAAAUAGUAGAUGGAGUAUGUGUUGUAGGGCUAGAUAUGCCAGAUUCUAAGGUCAACACCUUGAAUCAUGGACUUAUGGAAGAAAUUGAACAGGUUUUGCGACAGAUUGAUACAAAUCCCAGUAUACAAUCUGUUGUCCUCAUUUCAAAGAAGCCAGGAUGCUUCAUUGCAGGAGCUGAUAUUGGUAUGCUGCAGUCAUGCAAAACGAAAGAAGAAGUUGUCAAAGUGUCCAGAGAUGGGCAGAGAAUUCUGGCCUCCAUUGAAAAUAGUAAAAAACCUGUUGUCGCAGCAAUUAUGGGAUCAUGUUUAGGAGGAGGUCUAGAGGUUGCUUUGGCCUGCCACUAUCGUAUUGCUGUGAAAGAUCGCAAGACUGGUGUGGGUCUGCCAGAAGUGAUGCUGGGAUUGUUACCUGGUGGAGGUGGAACUCAGCGACUUCCAAAGCUUACACCAGUUCCAAAUGCCCUGGAUAUGGCGUUAACUGGUCGGACUCUCAAAGCUGAUAAAGCCAAGAAAUUGGGCAUUGUUGACUUGCUGGUAAAUCCCCUUGGACCUGGGAUUGAUUCUCCUGAGAACAGAACAAUGCAGCACUUGGAGGAAGUUUCAGUUCAGAUUGCAAAGAAACUAGCAACAGGUGAAAUGAAAGUUGAUCGUUCUCCAAAGUCUCUGAUGGAUAAAGCCAUGAGUUUUGCCCUGAAGUACAACUGGGUCAGAGACCAGAUUUUUGGCAAGGCUGAGGCACAAGUGAAGAAAAUGACGGGUGGUCUGUACCCUGCUCCUCUGAGGAUUCUGAAAGUAAUCAGGACUGGAUUGGAAAAGGGCCCAGUUGCUGGAUAUGAAGCAGAGAGUGAGGGCUUUGGGGAUCUCGCAAUGACUCCUCAGAGCAAAGGCCUAAUGGGACUGUUCAAGGCUCAGACAGAAUGCAAGAAGAACAGAAUCGGGAAACCCCAACGUCCGGUCAAGAAUAUUGCUGUAUUAGGCGCUGGCUUGAUGGGUGCAGGUAUUGCUCAUGUAUCCAUUGACAAGGGGUAUAAUGUUAUUCUGAAAGACACUAGUGUUCAAGGAUUGGCACGUGGGCAAGGUCAAAUACAGACUGGGCUGGACACAGCAGUGAAGAGAAAGAAACUUAUUGCUCUUGAAAGGGAUAGAUUUAUGGCAAACUUGCAACCUACAUUGUCAUAUAAAGGAUUUGAGAACUGUGAUAUGGUAAUAGAAGCUGUGUUUGAAGAUUUGAAGAUCAAACACAAAGUCAUUCAGGAAGUGGAACAGGUUGUUCCUGAGCACUGUAUCAUUGCUUCAAAUACUUCUGCUUUGCCAAUAGCUCAGGUUGCUAAAGGAAGCAAGCGACCAGAAAAGGUUGUUGGAAUGCAUUACUUUUCUCCUGUAGAUAAAAUGCAAUUGCUUGAAAUUAUUACAACCCCUACAACAUCAAAAGAUACUGCUGCAUCUGCAGUAGAUGUGGGGUUGAAACAAGGCAAAGUAGUCAUUACUGUUGGAGAUGGCCCUGGUUUCUACACCACCCGAAUUCUUGCAACAAUGCAGUCUGAAGCCUUACGCCUUGUCCAGGAGGGUGUAUCCCCUAAGGAUUUGGACAAAUACACAAAGACUUUUGGCUUCCCUGUGGGAGCGGCAACAUUGUUGGAUGAAGUGGGUGUGGAUGUAGCUGCUCAUAUUGCGAAAGACUUGGGAGAGGUGUUUGGGGAUAGGUUUGGCGGAGGCAGCAUUGAUGUGCUCAAGGAGAUGGUAUCAAAAGGCUUUUUGGGACGUAAAUCUGGCAAAGGUUGCUAUAUUUAUGAAAAGGGACGCAAAGAUCGUGAUGUAAAUGAAGAUGCCGUUGCCAUUUUCAACAAGUUCCAUCUGGAGCCUCGUGGUUGUUCAUCUGAUGAAGAUCGUCAGCUUCGAUUGGUUUCAAGAUUUGUUAAUGAAGCUAUUCUGUGCCUUCAGGAGGGAAUUCUGAAAGGACCUGUUGAUGGUGACAUCGGUGCUGUCUUUGGCCUUGGUUUCCCACCAUUUUCGGGUGGACCAUUCCGAUGGGUCGAUUGGUAUGGUGCUGGAAAACUUGUCAAUAAAAUGGAGGAAUUCAAUGCAGCUUAUGGGGCUCCUUUCCAACCAUGUGAUUUGUUGAUGCAACAUGCAAAAGACAGCAGCAAGCGCUUCUACAGUUAAUAUGCUUGCUUUUCCUGACCGUAUUUAUAAGUCUGAUAAAUCAUUGAAGCUUGCAGCAUUCAAUGAACCAUGUCUGACAUUUCAUCAAUGCAAUUACUGUGGUGUGUAUUAUAGUUCAAAGAGCUGUACUAUUUUGUUUACUGGAUAUAUAGCUUGUAUAUUGGAAUAUUGACGUUAAAAACUUUACAUUUUUUUACUCAGAUUGAGUUUUGAAACUUUUCUUCUACCUAGUGUUGAUACCUCGUGAACUGUUAUGAAUAAACCAAUUUUUAACAUGUAAGCAGGUGUUUCAAAUUUAUAAUGUGCUGCGAGAGUGCAAAGAACAUUUGUUCUUGGGUAAAUGGAACAUUAGGGCAUGAUAUGAAAAUUGAAUUCUGUCCAAGUAAUAGAAAUUAAACAAAGAAUGGAUUAUAUUUAAAUUAUUAUAAUUUAAGACAUAUAUUAUUGACUGAUUUAAAAAAAUAAACCUUCAAUUAUAUUUUAAGAAUCAUGAAUUUACAAAUGUUUAUUAAGAGUUUUUACUUCAGUGAGGUGGCAUUUCUUCCCUUUGGAUCAAUAACCCUUGAUAACAUGUAUAUAUGUUCAUGUUAUGUAAGGUGCAAAGACUACAUCCUUGCCUACAUUUUAAUGAAACUCUCAUUUCAGAUCUGUUUUGAAUUGUGUAACCACAAUUUUUGUGUAUGAAGCCCAAACCAACAUGGCACAAGUGUCUUGUAUUUAAAUUUGUUAUUUGAGUUUAAGGUAUUUUGCCACCAAAACAACUACAAAUAAGUGAUGAAAUGAAUAUUGUGGAAUGUGUGGUGGUUUUCUUGUGCCUUUCGCUACGCAAUUGAUAAAAACUAUGGAACAGAAAACUACUAACACUAAGAUUUAUGGCUACUUUCAUUUGUUCAGCUGACAAUCUGGACGUCGAGACACUAGCCGUGCGCGUAACAUUGGUAGGCAUAUUAUGUAAACGAAAGCGUUAAUUGUUGCUGAAGCGUAGUUUUGAAGGAAUGCGACAUAACAAUUAACCUUUGGAAUGAAACCCAAAGGUUGAUAGUUAACCCAUUAAUGAUUAGCAAGUUAUUUUGUUGACUACACGCACGUUGCGAUAUGGUCAUUGAAUCAUUAAUAUUAAUGACUACUAAGGUCGUGGAAUUACACCUUGGGAACCCACAGUGUGAUUGAAAAUGAUGUAACGAUGAAGAAACUGAAUGUGAAGUAGUGUGGUGAGUCAUAAAAUUACGUGACCAAAGUUCAUUACGUGGAAACAUUCGUUCACACUACUUUCGAGUCUGAACGAAUCAUCGGAAGCAGAUCGUUCGUUCGCACUGAACACUCGUUGGCUAGGUUCAACUUGAGUAGUGUUGCCAAGUUUAUGCGCACUAAAUCUUCAAUUAAAGCAAAAUUUCAUAUAUGAACAUAAUUUUAAUUAUUGAGA